UGUAUCUAACCUCUGAGUUGGACUUCCCCAUUUUUGAAAUCUGAAGAUGGGUAUCAAAUUGAUGGGAAUAGCUCAUGCCAAGCAGAAAUUCCAGCGAUCCCUUUCAGCGAGAUUAAGAGCAGUUACAGACACUACUGGUACUGAUGUUCCGAAAGGACACUUUGCUGUCUAUGUUGGAGAAGGCAAGAAGAAGAGGUUUGUGAUUCCAAUAUCAUAUUUGAGCCAUCCUUUGUUUCUAGACUUGUUGAACAAGGCUCGGGAAGAGUAUGGAUAUGAUCAUCCUACAGGUGGUCUGACAAUUCCAUGCAGUGAAGACUACUUCGUUGCCUUAACUACGGGUCUAAACUCCUCAUGAUCAUAAUGAUAAUAAUUCUGUAUAUGACCGGAAACAGGUCGAUUAUUUAACCAAUUCAAUUGUCUUUCAAUUCAAUUUCCUUUGAUCCUACAUUAAUUGAAAGCAACAGAACUUGA